CGCCGCGCAGGCCGCGGGGAGAACUACACGUUCCGGCUCCCCCCGCGGCCGCCCCGCCCCGGGGCCGCGACCCGGCGCUGUGGGAGGGAGCGGCUCCGGCAGGAAGGUGGCGGAGGGGCCUGGACAGCAGCCGCGGCCAUGAGCUCGGCGCGGGACUCGCAGUCUCAGCACGGCCUCAAGCGAGCGGCCUCGCCCGACGGCUCCAGCAGCUGGGAGGCGGCGGACCUGGGCAACGAGGAGCGCAAGCAGAAGUUCCUGAGGCUGAUGGGCGCCGCCAAGAAAGAACAUACUGGCCGCCUUGUUAUCGGAGACCACAGAUCAACCUCUCACUUCAGGACAGGGGAAGAAGACAAGAAAAUGAAUGAAGAACUGGAGUCUCAGUACCAACAAAGCAUGGACAGCACCAUGUCUGGACGAAACCGGCGCCAUUGUGGACUUGGUUUCAGUGAGUUUCAGGAAGAUGAAGAAGAGGCAGCUGGACACUCCUCUGAACAUGAGAGUUCAGAGGACUCCGAAAGCGGCUCUGAGUCAGAGCAAGACGAGUCUGCAGAGGAGCUGCAAGCUGCUGAAAAGCAUGAUGAAGCUGAGGUUCCAGAAAACAAAAAAGAAGCGAAAAGCAAUUAUAAGAUGAUGUUUGUUAAAGCUAGUGGUUCAUAACUGCAGAUGUAACAGCUUUGUAUUUAAAGUACAGUAAGCCUUAUUGUUACAGUGCGAAGUGGAGGACUGCUACAGCACAAAUCUUUGUAUUAUGAUUUUAAAAAAGACCCUGUUAGAUGACAAAAAGUAGUACUUGCUUUCAGUUGCCAUGGAUAAUGUUUUUAUGGGCACAGUGAGACUCCUGGUUUUUGUAAAGUGUAUAAAAUACUGGAUGAAGAAAUAAAUUCCUUUUGUUCCUGCCCAA